AUGGAGCUGUCCUUGCGUCUCCGGUGCCAGCUUGGCGCUCUCAUCACCAUCCUCUUCAUCGCUGCUAUUCCCGCUGUACCUACUGGUGGCAAAGGCUGGCAUAUUGGCGAUAUCGUUGGUCACGGCGCUCGGGAAGGGGGGCUUUGGGGGCAAAAUCCUGCUGCAUGGCACUAUCGUGAUCCCGCUGCUAGCUCGAGCGGUAGUCCAGGAGGCCAGAGUGAAGACCCUGGAUCUCAUGCCUCGCACGAUUCUCGAUUGCAGGGUGCAAGCUUCGAAAGUCAUACUCAAUCGCCCUUUUGGGGAGUUCCAACCCCGGAUGCUACCGAAAAGCGGUCCACGAUCUUGCGGGAGCAAAGCGUUGCUCCGCUCCUCCCUGCAGCACCGUUUGUCACUUCAAAGAGUGAUUCGGGUCCUACCAGUCUUGCGAUCGCAUCGACCUCCUCGCAGCCUCCCGUUAGAAAUAAGCAGCGGCUCUCAAACAACCCAAAGGCACCGCUUAUUCACGCAUGGUUCGGAGAGGAAGCUGGCCGCGCGCUUAUCGAAAACGGUCUAUACAGACUUGAUAGGGCAACCACCAUAUUCAAGGACGAUGUAGGGGAGUGGGAGAAGUGGCUGGCCAAUAUGCGAAGGGCAACUGGACGUCCUUCUCUGAAGGUAUCGCCCAUUGACGUUUCGGAUUGGGCGAAAGAUCAGGUCUUCCUAGCCCAAGACCAGGGCCAAGACGUCGUUGAUUAUGUUCCUCUGCCUGAGUCGCAACUUGACUUGAGCUGGUCUGGCAGACUCCUUCUGACUAAAGAUCCUCCCGGUAAAAUGGAGCAUAACAUGGAAAGGGUCAGAUCAAGGGAUAGGGUUUACGUCUACCUAAACAGCCGCAGUAACAUGGACUACAUCAAUCACGAAUACUUCUUAGGCCAUGCUCGGCCCCUGCCAAUCCGUUAUGGUGGUCUCACCCGCAAUAACCUCAACAAGAUCUAUGCCUCCCGGAACACUCACAUCCUUCUUCCUCCACGCACUCAACACGGGUUACCGCUCCUCGUCCUUCGUCACAGUGGCUCCGAGUACACGUUGCAGCACAUUCACAGCAUCACCGGGCUCGAGCGAAAGAUGCACCUCAUGUCGCUCUGGUCUCCGCUCCUUUUUGACGGUCAGAGGUACACUACAAUGCUAUAUGGGAUUGUCGGCUUCGACUCGAGGCAGACCCCAGAGGUACUGACGCACUUGCACACGAUGACCGAAGCCAGGCACCCCGAUACUUAUGCCCCAUUGUAUGCAUUAGAAGAAGUGGCUCACAUGUUUCAGUGA